GCAAAGUGGCGAUCAGAGACACAGAAGGAUAUUGUUGUUGCAGCACUGUCCAAUGAAGCCACCUUUGUGGGUAUCCUUGCAACGGGUGGUGGUAAAAGUGUUGCCUGGCUUGUUCCUGCUGUCGUGGAGCCUGCAUUCAAGAGUAUUGUGAUUAUUCCCAACAGGUCGUUACUUGAAGACAUGGUACGGAAGACUAGGGCCUUGGGAAUAUCUUGUCGACAGUGGCGCUCAAGUGAUCCAAUCUACUGUGACUGCCCAGUUAUAUAUGUGGCAUUAGAGACAGCUGUUGGAGAGAAGUUCAAGCAGUUUUACAGGGAGAUGGAGCAUGUCAUCAAGCGCAUAGUGUUUGAUGAAGCACACCAGCUUAUCACAAGCUCUGAAUACCGA